AGUGACUGAUCUUUCGAUAUUGUUUUAUCAAGAGGUUCCGUAUAAAUAACCGAUUGUUCAGCAAAAUUUUACUGUCGUCAACGAACUCUCGAGAUUCCUACAUCUGUUCCACCGGCUUGUUGCCCCUCUUGCUCUUCGCCGUGGAACUGCCGUCCCUUACGUGACGCUUCAAGAAACAUUGCAGCCUCGUUUAAGCGUUGCAUCGAUUAACGAGGCUUGGGAAGGCAGGGAAAGCGACUUUGGGGCACACCUUUCGAAAAUGCGCCAUCUCGGAGUCGCAAAAGGUUGUUCCCAAGGAAUAACGAGAAACGAGGACCGUCCUGUCGCACAACGGAGCCGUGCAUUGUGCGCAGAUCUCCGGGUAUGCGGAAGACAGAGCGCAGCCGCCAGACGACAGUGAUUGAGAGAAUCCGGUCGACUUGCAGAGAAACCGAUUUGCAGAUGUUAAAAUGUCUCAACCAGAAUUGAUUGGCGAUCUGGACGUGCCUGAAAAUCCACAGCAUCCCUGUCAGUGUUCCACAAUCAACAAUAUGGACCCCAGGAGGGACAGAAUGGAAAGGAAUAUGAAUAGCACCAGGAUCUCCAACAAUCAAGAUCUCCCACGAAAUCUGGAGACCUUACAGAAUGUUUUCGAGCCGGUACGAAUAUUGGAGAGUCCCCAUCAAGAUAAAUCGCAGAUCAGUCUCGACAAUACUAGGAACCUCGAUCUCCUGGAACAUCAAGCGAACAUAUCGUCUAAUUCUAGAUCCCUGAAUCAGAGCUCGUUGUUGUCUCUUCACGGGCAUAAUCUUUCGUGUAGUCCGCGUAACUUGGACCUGUCUCGCAAUCUGGCUUUCGAGGCGGCUCGAAGAGUCCAGGAAACUUCGACUCUGCAAGACAACCAGCACAGUUUGACCUCGAGUCCUAGUCCCUUGCUGGAGACAGGGCCGAAUUUACUCGAGACGACCGGCAAAGAAUUAGAUAAGCAGUUGGAAGAUCACGCCGGCUUGUCGCUGCAGAAGCAGAGCUCCAGCAAGGAGAAGCUGAAGAAUGUGCAGCAGGUGUUGAAUCCUUACCAGCAUCAUCACGAGGCGGUAGAGCGUGGGGUACAUGGACAUUUUCAUGGCGACAUACACGGCCACAUUUACAAGCACGCCGACAAUUUUAGGAACAACACGAAUUUGGACGAAGGCUUGAUGGGCUUUCAGCAACAUCAGCGACAGCACACGCAUCAUCAUCAUAGUAACGCAAAGACAAACGUUACUCACCAUCACGGAUCCGGGACACAUCACACACACGUGCAAGGAAUGAACGGACAUCAUCAUGGAAAUCUGGCAACUAGUCUCACCAGCCAUGUCCAUGGAAAUUCUGGUCCUCUAAACGGAUCUGAGUUGGUUGUUGUCGCAGGUUCCAAUUCCAUGAAUCAAACUAGUUGUGCCACCUCUAUCGGACACCAUCAUCCAACGGCGGUGCCUAUCGCGACAACGAUAAACCACCUAAACUCCCCCCACAGUCAUCAUCGACUCAACGCCGGCUCCAGUUUGGCUCACCAUUCGAGUCCUGCCUUUUCCAACGAUCAUCACGGGGCUUCGGGUGCUCUGAGCGGCGCGUCGUCGAACUCGAGCAUGAUGAACCACGGUGGAUCGCCCACGGUGCAUCGGCACGUGGUCAACGUCAACAGCAGCCUAUCGACGACACCCUUGGGUGGCCACCAUCACGGCAGCUCGUCGGGUAGUUUAACCGGUCAUUCCAGCGUGAACCAUCAUCACGUCAGCUCCGGUAUAUCGUGCGAAUCGUCGUCGUCGAACGCUAAUACUAGGACGCACAGCAGACUGGAUCACGUCCACGAUCAUCAUCAUCACCUACAAUCGGUGCACCCGUUGCACACGAGUCAUCCCGACCCCAGGCCGAGAGAUCGGGCGCCGUCGAGCUUGGAUCAUCACGGACAUCUGCACGGUCAUGUGCACAAUCACGGCCACCCGCACGGGCAAAGCGACACUAAAAACCCGUCUCUUAUGGGCAUCGACGCCAUUCAGGUUUCGGCUCCAACGAAGAACAAGUGUCAGUGUCACGUAAUGCAUUCCGGAGGAAACAACGGAGGAACCGAGGGCGAGAGUGACGGGGGCGUCGAAAUGGUAUCAAGAACGCAUCAACCUCCUGCACUUCCGCCACGUCCUCCACCGAGACCAACGAGACGUUAUGAAACGACUACUGCCAAUCAAUGUCACACCGGCGAAGGUGGCUGCUGCAAGAAGUACGUUGUCCUUUGCUAUCUCUGCGGCGGAUUGAGUGCGGCAGUCGGCAGCCUUUUUUUGGCGGUGCACGCGAUCCUUUCGGCCCACACGGACAGUCUAGCGCUCUUCGAGACAGUGCCGUCUUACAUUCCCGGCAUUAUGCUGAUCAUGAUGGGUUUCUUCACAAUGCUGCUAGCUAGACGAAAGCACAGAUACGGACUUCUGAUGAAAGUCUGCGGUUCCGUGGGAGUGGUGUGCGCGCUGGUAUGCGUGCUCGUCACCGUCACGACUACGGUUAUUCACAUGUCGCGAUUGCAGAACCUUCGCGAGUGCGUUUACACUGCGCGCGCGAGAUCGUGCACGUGUUACGGCGCACCGCAGUCGAAGGGGGAUCCCGGUGUGCUGUUCGAGGGAACGCCUCACUGCGAGGCGGUGCACGGCGCGUUGUCGGACUGCCUGAGGGCCCUCUUCGGCGUCUCGGUCGCCGGUAUACUGGCCUGCAUAUUCUCGUGCAUGCUGGUGUACCAAUUGUUGAGCCACGAAAAGAAGAAAAUGUACUGGGAACAGUUGGAGCUGAGAUGCAGAUCGUUGUACGGCCAGGGCGGCACCGUGGGACCGCCGGCCGGGUCCUGCGGAUGCUGCAACGAUUGCGGGGGUGCGAACCCGUGGUGGGCCCAGACACCCGGGAAUUUGUACACACCGAAUCCUGAUAUGGCGCCAUCCAGAAGAUGGCGAUUACCUUGGUCGAGAUCAAGAGGUCCAGCACCGAGCCCAGAUUCGAAUUAUGGUUUUCACACGCAAGCACGACCAACGGAAACCAAUGUGGAGAGCGGAACUGGUCCCUAUAGUGUCUUUAACUCGCAGUCGAGUGGCCCUUACUCUGUUUUAAAUGCUCCGAAUGUUCCAUACACUGCGAGCACCGCGUCCUACAGCGUUUUGGAAACUCCAGUGCCAUUGUGGGGGCCGCCACCUCCAUACAGCGAUCCUAACAGUCCCGCCAGACGACCGCAAAUGACCGAAUCGAGAGCCAGAAUUGCUAAGAGAAUGGAUAACUUCGAAAAUAACGAAGAUCAUAGAUCGAGGUCCGCAAAGCGUCCUUCCGAUAAUUAUGAGAAUGCCGAGGAGAUCUCUAAUAGCACGGAUCCUGAGGGCGGGAACGAGGGAACCAUCAAAGGUAGGAGAGUCAGAAAACCCUUGAAGGGCGUGGAAAAUGGAGCAUUUCAGCAAGAAACGAAUCCCGGCUCAAAACAGUCCGAGAGCGAACUAUAUUUCGGUGACGUGUCCUCGUGCUGCGGACCCGAGAGUAGUUUUUACGAUCUAGCUGUGGAAAAAGAAGGUGCUGAACGUUCGGAAGGUGUAGACUAUUUGGCGAGCAGGCUGGGCAAGCGUCAACUAUCGAAGAGGUCUCGAUUGCCUCUUCCUUUGCCCGCGGACAAUGGCGACAUUCCUUGUGACAAUUAUGCGAACAGCGACGAACCGAGAAGCGCGAGAGGUCCAUUCCUCGCUCCCGACGCGCAAUACGAGGUGAUUCAACAAGGACGUUACUCCUAUUACGGGACGAAGGAUGACGAGGAGCUGCAGGAGGGUCCGGCGAGUUCCAAUUACUUCCGGGAGGACGAGAACGAGAGGGGGCGUGAAAGGGAUUAUAGGGAUUACAGAAACAGCCAGGAGGAGGAAACGCCACAGUGCUGUUUGAGCGAUUCAACGACUCUGGAUUCGGGUUGGCAAAGCGGAGAACAACAACAGUCGGACGAUAAUGUUCGACCGGUGAACGUGUGAUCUUAGACCUGUAAGAUUAUUAGCAAAAACGACAAAGGUGACGAGCGACCAUCGAUUUCCUGCGGGGAAGUGUUAUACGAAAACAAUUAAAUCGAAAUAACGAAGGAAGUGCGCGACAAUAGCUUCUGAUCUGUGAAUAAUUUAAAUCGAUCGUAGGUCUUGUUCUUAAGUAAACAAAGCUAGUGACUGAAAUUGCUGAGAUCUAAUCCUUUGAACUUAAUUGACGGAAUAGAGAACGUGGUUAUAAUGUUCGAGCUUGGCAGAUAAGGUCCUAGUCGGAUGAGUAGGUUCGCUUUUAAAAAGCGUGGCUAAACUUAAUUAAACUUAAUGCACUAAGUUUAAAUACGCAAUGUGAACUCUGGAAUAGCAUGUGUGUCAGUUUAUAGUAUCGAUUUUUCUCCCGAAAUAAGUACAUUUUUAAAUUAUUAAAAAAGUUAAUUUAAGGACCACAUUUCGCACUUUUUAAAUAAAUUAAGCAGUCACGAAUUUAACGCACGACAAAUAUCGUUUCUAUAAAUAGCAGUUAUUUAAUAGUUAUUAAUUUUAUCUUUGGUAUAUUAAACGAAUUACAUACUACAUUCUUAUUCCUUUGUAUUAAAAUAAAUAUUUUUAUUUUGAUGUUAUUUACAUGAUUGAUGAUGAAUUGUAUCGAUGCCAUAAACAGCACACAAUAAUAAACAGACUUUAGUAAUAAUUUGUAGUAAUAAAAACUAUAAUAACAUGAAACACAAGUGCUAAUCUCGAUUUCGACGAGAAUGAACUGUCAUUAAUUCCUCUUAAGAAGCUUGCCAGUUCAAUAUAAUCUAUAUAUGUGUAAAUUGUUUUUAAUUAAAGAGAAUAGCCGCGAUACACAAGUAGAAUACGAUCAAGUGAUAAUUUACUAUGUUAAUCUUUAAUAUAGAAUCAAGUGAUGCAAACAAUUAAAACUUGUGCGUAAAAACUCGUUGUGUUCAGCAUCAGAUGUGCAUCAACGAUCGUAAUGGAUGGAGUGAAGUUAAAGCAACAUCGUUCAUAUUAAAACAUGAUCAACUGUUAAUCACGUAAGACAAAAUAUUUGCGGCAAAUUCUGUGUAUUUUUGCUAAUUGCAAUGUUGCUCGUAUUGCUUGUAGUAAUGAACAAUAUAUAGUGUGUAUUAAGUAUAAUCGAGAAAUUAAUUGUGUGGAAGAGAACGAAAAAGAAAGAAUAUUAGUUUCAUAUAGUUGUGUGGAUUGUUUGUUGAAAAUAUAUCGCCACAAACGGAUGUAUGAUUACUUUACUAAAAAAUGUUCGUUUUAUUAGUUAUUCAUUUAUUAUUUCAUAUUAUUUAUUGCAUUUUUCUUGGGAGUAAUGUGCUAGCAAUAUUUUUACCUGAUUUUUUUUUGAAACUUUACGUCCAUUGUAUGAAUUAAAAUUGUCGAUCCACAAUUGUUCUUUGUUGGAUACGCGAUAGAUACCAUGUACAAAAGUGUGCUUUACUCUUGCCAAUUAGGUGUUAGCUGUAAUUCUUAAAUAGUCGCUGACUAUCUUCGAGAUAGUCAACGAUCAAAUGAUAUGUUCGUAACCAUAAGAAAUAUAUUCAUAAUGACAGUUUAAUUAUUUGCGAUUAAUAAAUCGUCUCAUUGUCAUUCAUAAUUCUGAUUUAUUUCUUAUUGUUAGUAUCUUAUAUCCGCGACUGAAACGUUUCAUUCGAUGCUUUCCCCUCAGUUGAGAAUUUUGUACAAAUCUUUCGUUUGAUGUUUGUAUAUUAUUGUUAUCAAUGCUUAUUAAAUCACUAUUGAAUCACUUCUUUAAAUAUUGCGUUAUUACGGUCGCAAACACUCGUUUUCAGAAUCACAAUUCUGUGGACCAAGGACAAUAUAGAGAGAGAUCAAUCAAACUAAUUAGCGAUUAGAUUAAUACUCGUCGGUUGUCUAUUUUCGCCGCUCGAGAUGCAAACGUGAAUAAAAUGCAUAUUUUAUCAUUCAGAAGCGGCAUAGUCAGAUUGUAGUGCAGUAGCUUAAUGCCAUUUAAGUGAAUGAAGUGUACCUUAAGGGCGAGCCGCGAGUCGUAGUAAGUCCGCCAUCGAACAAUGUACUUGACAAUGAUUAAGAAUAAAGGAUGAUUUUGCGAAGCAAGGCUGCGCGCAAUACGACGGAUGUGAUCCUCUCCUUAAACCGCGGCUUGUUCUUCAUAUUUUGUCACACAAAUUAUUCGGUAUGUGAUAAAUGUGAUAAGCCGAGGCGGAAAUCCCAUGUAGUAUAGCUAAACGUAUAUGUGUAAAUCAUAUGAUAGAAAUAAUAAUAUUUAUCUCAGAGUA